UGAAAACUGUUUAUGAACUGGCAUCUCUUCUUGGAAAUGUAAAGCGAGAACUCUUUAAGUGGCGAUUUUUUUUUUUUUUUUUUUUUAGGGGUGGGGGGGAGGAAAGAAUUCAAUAUCAUGCAGGCUUAGAGUUUUGAUUAUAUCCUCCUUUUAUAUUCCUGGAAAUCACAAACUGUCGUUGCUUAGCAUCUUAGCGCUUUCUUUUUUUGCUAAUAGAUUCCCGCGGUCUGGUUUUGUUGUGGGGGGAGCGAUUUUUUUUUUUAAUUUUUUUUUUUUUAAUUUUUUUCCUCCUCUUGAGAAAAAAAAAAAAAAAAAAAAAAAAAGGAAGGAAGGAAGCAACGAACCUCUCUUAUUGAAAUUAAAAUGAGCUCCUAUUUUGUCAACUCACUCUUCUCCAAAUACAAAACCGGCGACUCCCUGCGCCCCAAUUACUAUGACUGUGGCUUCGCGCAGGAUCUGGGGGGCAGACCCACCGUGGUGUACGGACCGGGCGCGGGCGGCACCUUCCAGCACCCGCCCCAAAUCCAGGAGUUUUACCACGGCGCGUCCUCGCUCUCCAGCUCCCCGUACCAGCAGAACCCGUGCGCCGUGGCGUGCCAUGGCGACCCGGGCAACUUCUACGGCUACGAGCCCCUGCAGCGGCAGAGCCUGUUCGGGGCGCAGGAGCCCGAGCUGGUGCAGUACGCGGACUGCAAGCUCGCCGCCGGCGGCCUCGGCGAGGAGGCGGAGAGCUCCGAGCAGAGCCCUUCUCCCACCCAGCUCUUCCCCUGGAUGCGGCCGCAAGCAGCCGCCGGACGCAGGAGGGGGAGGCAAACCUACAGCCGCUACCAGACCCUGGAACUGGAGAAGGAAUUUCUAUUUAAUCCCUACCUGACCCGCAAACGGAGGAUCGAGGUCUCGCACGCCCUGGGAUUGACAGAGAGGCAGGUCAAAAUCUGGUUCCAGAACAGGAGGAUGAAAUGGAAAAAGGAGAACAACAAAGACAAGUUUCCCAGCAGCAAAUGCGAGCAGGAGGAACUGGAAAAACAGAAAAUGGAAAGGGCCCAGGAGGUGGACGAGGAAGGGGAAGCACAGAAGGCGGACAAGAAAUAAAAGGAGUUUGGAGGACUGAAAGGCGAGCGCUGCCGGGGUGGGAGAGCCCCCAGCCCCGCGUUAAUGGCAGAUCGUGUAAGGGAGGGCUGGGGGGGGGGACAAGGGACAAAAAAAAAUCACAACAAACCAGAAAAACAAAGCGUAGAAAAGAGAAAAAGGGGGAGGGGGGGAAUAAAUAAAUAAAAAAAAAAAUCCCCCAGCCCCUUUUAUUGCUGUAAAACAAUAUCGCUGUAAGCACCACUUUCCCGAUUAUCCCUCGAUACAAUGAGCGGAGGGCGGGGGGGACCGCGGGCUCUCCGCUGCCUUUUGCCAGUUAUUAACUAGUGGUAGUGUAACGCAAUAGCUUCUGUAAAACAUGACUGUGAAAUUCUCUCUCUCUCUCUCUCUCUCUGUCUUUCUCUCUUCUUCUUCUUCUUCUCCUUUCCGGGGGCGUGGGGGGUGGGUUGGUUAACAUAGCUUUCAGCGCUAUAGGAGUUCCGUGAUAUUACAUUUGUGCACUUUUUUUUGUUGGUUUGGUUGGUUGGGUUUUAAAUUUGAAUUUUAGUUGGUUGUUUCCCGGCCCUUUCUAUUUGUUUUAUUUUUUCUGUUGUGGUUUAUCUGUGUGUGCUGGAGGUAGCUAUUGAGAAGAACAUCCCAACAACAUGAAACUGCCUAUUUAUGCUGUAGUUAUCUCUCUCUUCCUCUCUCUUCACUUUCCCCUCCUCUUCUUUGCCUUGGUUAGGCUGUUUUCUUUCUUUUUAUUUUUUUUUCCUUUUUUUUUUCUUCCCGAUUUGUCAUUGUCUCUUCCAAAAAAUCUAAAAAAAAAGGGAAAAAAAGGAAAAAAACACAAGAAAAAAAAUUUUAAAAGCGUUUUUUCUCUCCUUUAGUUAGCAUGCGCACAGUGAAGCAAGUCGUAAAGUGAUCUUUAGGUUAACUGUGAAAAAGAAUGUAUACUGUAUACGUGAAUUACUUUAUUGGGGGAACUAAUGCUAUAUUUUGUUGUUCUUUCACCACUUUGUUCUAUUGUCUAAACCUGGAAGCGGCGGAAGAAAAGUUACAAUAAAGUUUACAAGCCACAA